AAGGGAAUCGAAGAGUCGCUAUCAGUCCUUGGUGGAAUUUUGUGGGAUUUGCUUGAGAAAAAAUCCAGAUGGCAACAAUUUUCAGCCAGUUAUUUGGGUGGAAUUCCAGUACCGGGUAGAACUGUGCCGACAGCCAGAUUCUUCGAGUUGUACGCCUCAUCAUGCUUACCGAAUGCAUCGAAACACAGUUAUCUACAUCAACUUACCCAGAUGCUUCAAAAGAUUGAUGCUGAAGAACUCGCGAGGAAAGUCUACAAUUCGUUGUAUUUUGCAAUUGGAGAUGUGGAGGUGGAGAAAAUGAUGGGACGUUGGUAUACGGUUAUUGAUUCACCAGCUAUUCAUCCUGAACAAUGUGUUGUUAGCUAUUUUGAGUCGCUAAACAAUGAUCCGUAUACGUCUACCUUCUCGAUCCGACAGUACGCACGUCAAGGAACUACUCAAAAAACGGAAAUGUUAGAAGGUUACGGCACCAAAACCGGAACUGAUCCCGGCGGAAUCCUUCUCAUCACAGGACAUGAUUCGGAUCCAUGCCCAUAUUCUCCGAUAAGCACUGGACCGUUGAAUGCAGAGGGUCAGUACGAUUAUUUGAUACUGUCACAACCACUAAAAUAUCCUACAAUGGUUCUAGCACGAGACCCCGUCAGAUUUGAUAUCAAGUACAAGGACACGGUAUGA